AGUUGUGUCGCUAUAACGGAUAAGUAAAGUGUAGCUCGACACAAUCGUAAUACUAAUAUUUUGUUCUGUUCCUUUCUUACAAAUGUAAAAAAUAAAUAAAAGAAAAUAAAAUAUAAAAUUGUUCAAUAAUAGGUUCUUUAUAAAAUCAAAACACAUUAAUAAAUCAUGGAAAAAAAUAUUAUAAAUUCAAGUGUUAGUUUAAAUCAAUCAACAGUAUUAACAUUGACGUCAAGUACCAAUUCAAUAAGAACAGUUGAUGAUAUUGUUAAUGAAACUCCAAUUACAAGUGAAACUGAGUGUGGAAUAUGGUGUUUUCGUGGUCAAUUUUUACAAAAAUUUGCAAAUAAAAAAGCAUAUGUUUUAUUAUACGGUUUAUUGGGUUGUAUUUUUUCAGCAAGUGCUGCUUAUUACAAUGGUACCAUAACAACUAUUGAAAAGAGAUUUAAAAUACCAUCAAAAACAAUUGGUUUCAUUGCAAUCGGUAAUCACGUAUCUCAACUAUUAGUGUCCGGUGUACUGUCAUAUUAUGCAAGUAAAGGACACAGGCCCCGAUGGAUAGCUGUUGGUAUUUAUAUCAAAGUUUUAUUCUGUUUAUUGGCAAUGUUGCCCCAUUUACUUUUCGGCCCAGGAAAUGAUGCUCUACAACUAACAAAAGAAUAUAGUGAAAAUCCAUCAAACUCAAUUCUGUCGAGCAUUGAAAUUAUUAAAAUGAAAGAACAAAAAUAUCUCUGUCAUUCUCAAGAUAACACAACGAGUCAAUGUGAAGAAUCGGCUGAAAAUUCAGCACCACAAAUAAUUCUUUUCAUGGCUAAAUUUUUAUCGGGCAUUGGUGGUUCAUUGUUGUUCACUCUCGGUGUAUCAUACAUGGAUGAUAAUAUUCAAAAAUCAAAGACACCUGCUCUGGUUAGUGUCACAUAUUUUAUUAGAAUGCUGGGUCCAGCUCUCGGUUAUGGUCUUGCGUCGUUUACCCUAAAUUUUUAUAUUUCUCCAACGUUAACACCGACAGUCAGUACCAAGGAUCCAAGGUGGUUGGGAGCCUGGUGGAUGGGUUGGAUAAUUUUUGCCGUGUGUUUAUUUAUUUUUGCAAGUAUAAUUGCACUUUUUCCAAAGACUCUCCCACGUGCAGCAGCAAGAAGAGUAUUAGCAAUUGAACUUAGUAAAUCAAGUAAUGAAAAAAUUUUUAAUUUAAAUGAUGACGAACCUGCAUCAGUAUCUGAUAUGAUUGUUACAUUCAAACGUUUGUUGUCAAAUAAAACUCUGAUGUGUAAUAAUUUAGCAGCAAUAUUUUUUUGUUUUGGAUACUCACCAUACUGGGUAUUUAUGCCAAAAUAUAUUGAGACACUUUAUAAACAAUCAGCAUCAGCAUCAGCACUCAUAACUGGUACCGUUGGUCUUGUAUUUAGUGCAUUUGGUUUGCUAUUGUCUGGAAUUGUUAUAUCAAAGUAUAAGCCUAAAGCGAGAUACUUGGCCGGUUGGAAUGUCAUAUCAAGUGGUAUCACUGUUAUUGGAAUAAUAUCAUUUGUUUAUGUUGGUUGUCCAACCAAUGAUGAACAAGUAAUGAACAUGCAAUUUGAUGAUUCUUUAGCAAAUCAAUUUAACUGUAAUAAUAAUUGUCACUGUGAUUACGUGACGUACAAUCCAGUUUGUUCUGAAAAUAAACAGACAUUUAUUUCGGCUUGUCAUGCUGGUUGUCAACAAAUUACGAUCGAUUCAAAUGGUACAAAAAAAUACACCGACUGUUUGUGUAUUCGAACAAGUGAUUUAUCAGAGACAAUCACACAUCCGGGUUUUACAAUACCGAAUAACUGGACUUCAAAUGCCGUUAAAAUAUUGUCAGAUAUUGGACAAGCUGUACCGGGUGCAUGUCCAGUUGAUUGUUCACACCGACUCUAUGUUUUUCUUGGCAUCAUAUGCAUUCUUAAAUUCAUUGGUGCAGCUGGAAGAGCAACAAAUUUUCUUGUGUCAGUUAGAUGUGUCGAUGAAAAAGAUAAGGCUGUAGCCAUGGGUUUUGGAAUGAUGAUUAUGAGUCUUUUUGCGCUUAUACCUGCACCUAUUCUUUUUGGUUUUAUUUUUGAUAAAACCUGUCUUGUGUGGGGUAAAACGUGUACUGGCACAAGUAAUUGUUGGAUGUAUGAUAGUUUUUCAUUGAGAUAUAUACUUAAUUUUACUGCGGCAGGUUUUAUUACAAUGGGCAUGAUUCUUGAUAUUGGAGUUUGGUAUUUUGUUAAAGAUGUAAAAAUUUUUGACGAUGAAAUUGUUUUAAAAGACAUGAAUGAUGAGCCAAUAAAAGAAAAACAAUAAUUAAAUUAUUAUUUAAGUAAGCAGAGUAAAAAAAAAUGACUAUAAAUUAUGUUUUUCUUUCACUUGUAUAUAAGUAUAUUUUUUUUUUCUAAAUUUAAAAAAAAAAAAAAAUUUAUAAUAUACAGUGUUGUAUAUUUGAACAGCAGUCUUUAGAAAUAUAGAAUAUGCACCACGUAUACAUGUCAAAUCAAUAAUUAAUUUAUUAAUGAAUAAUGAAAAAAUAUUUUAUCGACACCAAAAAAAUUAAUUAAAUUAAAAAAAAAAAACAAAAACAAAAGAUUCAAAUAAUUUCAAAGAUAAAAUAUAAAAAAUAGAACAAAGUUGUCAUUAAUAUAGACGAUGAAAAGUUUAUCAUUCAGCUGGGAGCGUGGCGUCUCCUGUAAUCCGGCUACCCGGAAGCUAGUUAUUGUGGAGGAUCUGAGGUCGGGGGUUACUCCGGGUUUGUGGUCCACGUUGACUGGACGUCCGCACUAAGCUCGCCAUCAAUAUGGGCACCCUGGAGGAGUCCGGGGUGGCCAGGUUAGCUAAGGAGGGGCGAACCGGGCCAGAGGGGAAACCCCGCAGCCAAAAGUUCCCGUGGUGUGCAGUAGUAGGAUCGCGUCUCAGGAGUGGAAAACUUACUCGGAGCCUGGUCAAUAUGAUUCGACCAACAACUUUUUUUUUAUUUUUGUUUACAUUUUCAUAUUCUAUAAUUUUUUUUGAUAUUUUUAAUGCUAACUUUAUAGUUUUUGCGUAUUGUUUAUGUGUCACAAUUUUUUACAUUAUUAUUACUAUCAAUAGUUAUUAUAUUUCAGAAGAUAAUAAAUGAAAUCAACUUUACCAUCAAUAGAUACAAAUUUCAACAUUGCAACUAUUGAAGCUUAAACUCAGAUGACCACAACUGAAAUGCCCCAAAAAAAAAUACUUUUUUCUUGACAAAUAUUUAAAAUUAUAGUUUAUUUCAUUUUUUUAAAAAUUAAUAAUGGUUAACAAAUUAGCAUAUAUUUAUUUUACCUGCAGACACUUAAUAAAGCGAAUGUGUUACCAUAUGAUAACGUACCGAUUAAUUGAUACGUGGGCAUUUGAGCUGUAUCAAGCUUAUCUUUUAUAUAAUCGUAAAAAUUAAUAACAAUAUUGAUAAAAAACAUAAAAAUAUUGAAAGUAUUAACAUAUGAUGCAUAUUUAUUUUUUAGGACAGUUUAA